UAAUUUUUAUUUUAAUAACUACCUAAUUGAAGUAGAAUUUAUAAUAUCGUCGCCUUAAUCGGCAAAAUGCGUAACUCCACAUUUUUCAUAAAAUGACAUUUUUGUGCCAUCUGGUAGGAAAUAUUACAACCCAUGACUUGCAGAAAUCCGUAUAUCCAAAAUUAAAUCGGUUUAUUUGCCAUUCCAUAAGUAGAAAACCUCGUAUCUCCUUUCCCGCCAAUUUCAAUCGGCAAAAUCCGUAAAUCCGUCGGUUUGUUAUACAUUUUCAUGGUGAACACAUGUAUAACAAUGUUAUGUGGUUUAUUGGCUUUGCUGCAGUGAUACUAACAUCUUAUUUUGUAUAAUUAACUCUUAUAAGGUAAGAGUAAUUUCUAUUUAUUAGGUACAGUACAUUUUUAGAGUCAAAAUUAAUAAACAGAGCGGUAAAGGCAAAAUAUUAUUUUUAAGGGAGUUACGCAGUUUUCGUGUUUUAUAUUUUUAGUAUAGUUACAUUUACUCACAUAGGACAUAAGUACUUUUCUUCACGUUUGUUAUAGAUUUAUGAACAUAUUUUAACCUGCUUUUCAAUUACAGAAAAUAUUUUGUUUAAUCAAGUAUACGCUUCCGUUAAAUGAACAGCUUAUACCAAAUAUUAAAUAUAUCUAUCGGUUUUGUAAACAGGGUCAGUCUAAACCAUCUGUUAAUUUCGAAUGAUUUUAUUGCAAAAGAACUAGAGUCUAAAACAUGCUUAAAUGGCUGAUUCUACACUCUUAGAGCGAUUUCUUCUACAUUCGUGUAGAACAUAGCUUAUAUACUCGCUUAUAUAUCAAUUUCAAACGUUUAUAGACCAUGUUCGGUUUAUUUAUUUUAGACCAUGGCAAGGCGAAUUGACAGGAUCUUUAAAGCAUUGGACGUUGUAAAAAGUAAUACACAAUGCAAUGUUAACGAAGCGCCAGUUAAAAAUAGCGUAUAUAAAAAACCAUUUAGCGACAAUCCGGAUUUCAAUGCAACCUUAAAAAAUAAUGAUAGUUAUAACUUAGAUCUAUCGAAAACCAUUGAAGAAGCCGAAAUUAUAUUUUUAAACAAUGGUGGUAAGUAAUCAUUAAACCUCUAUGUAGCUAAACAAACUUGGCAUCUAAUUGUAGAUGUACCAAUAAGCGAACUUAUGGUUGCAUCCAAUAAUGCUGAAUGUAUAUUAUCUGAGGAACAAGAAAUUCAAAUGCUGGUAAAGGACAGAAGGGAAGAAACAUUAGCUUCAGUGGACUUCAAUAUGGAAGUUGACCGGAUAUUUAAUGAAAUACCUUCCUGUUCAGCAGUACAACCUAGUAGAUCUGAGGUAACUAUCAAUAUUCACGAGACACUGAUUAAGGAAAACAUUUAUGGAGAAACGGAUAAUAACGAUCCCGAUUUUAAUCCAGCCUUAAAAAAUUAGGAUACCUCUGACUCAGAAGAUGACCCUAUUGCCGUGCCAAGUAAUUUACCGGACGACAACAUAUUGGAAGAUGAAAACCCAAGACGAAAACGAUCAACAAAAUACGAAGUAAACAGAAACGAAUGGUAUGAAAAUAGAAACCGAAUAAAUAGAGAAAAAGGAAAAUCCUAUUUAGGGAAAAAAAAGGAAGUGGAGGUAUGAUACUGUACAGGAACCAAGAUUACUAAAAGAGGCCUGUAACUGUAAACUAAGUGCAAAUCCAAAAUGUAUUUUGAAAUGUAGACAGAUAGCGGAAAAUGAGAGAGAAAUUAUUUUUACGCAGUUCUGGAAAUAUACUUGGGCAGAAAAGAAGAUGUUCGUAAAAAACCAUGUGUCCGUAGAAACCACUAGUAGAAAGAGAGGAUAUAGAGAAGUUUCUAGAAGAUCAUAUUCGCAUAAUUUUUUUUUGGGCAAGGCCAGACUAAGGAUGUGUAAAGUAAUGUUUCUUAACACAUUAGGGGUGAACGAGUGGGUUAUAAAAAAGUGGACAAAAAAUAGCGACCAAGUCCAUUUUAACCAGACUGAAAUACCUGAUAAAAUUAAUAUUUCUGUUCGUUUGCUGCAUGAGUUUUUUGAAACUCUACCAAAGUUAGAGUCGCAUUACUGUAGGGCUUCUACCGCUAAGCUCUAUUUAGAACCUAUUUGGAAUUCUAAAGCCCAUUUAUAUAAGGUUUAUAAAAACGACUACUGCAAAACACGUAAUGAAAAAUCUGUAUCAAUUGCCACUUUCAUAAGGAAUUUGACAAAAAAAGGUUGUCGCUUUAUAAACCAAAAAGAUCUAUGCGACUGUUGUGUCGCUUAUCAAACAGGCAAUUUAACAGAAGAAAAGUACAAUGAACACAUAACAUUGAAAAAUGAAGCAAGAAACGAAAAGAGUGCAGAUAAAGAGUCUCAAGAUGAAGUCUUAGCAAUGGAUCUCCAAUCGGUUUUGCUCUCUCCAAAAUCUAAUGUUUCUUCGCUUUAUUACAAGACCAAAUUAAUCGUUCAUAAUUUCACAAUAUUUGACGUCAAGCGCAAACAAGGUUAUUGCUACCUGUGGAAUGAGUCUGAAGGCGGAUUAACAAGUAACGAAUUUUCAAGCAUCAUAAUUCAUUUUCUGAAGGGACAUCUAGAACAAUAUCAAUUAGAAAAUCAAAAUGAAAUUAAAAUUAUAUUAUGGAGUGACGGGUGUGGAUACCAGAACAGAAACACAACUUUAUCAAAUGGUCUGUUUAAUUUUGCACUGGAAAAGAAUGUAACUGUGGUACAAAAAUAUUUACAUAAGGGCCAUACACAAAUGGAAGUGGACAGCGUUCACUCUGUUAUCGAAAGAAAGAUCCGAAACAAGAAAAUCAAUAUUCCCGCAGAUUACGUAUUUAUUUGCAAAACAGCAUGUCAAAAAACUCCUUACAAAGUUGAGUACCUUAUGCACGACUUCUUUAAAAAAUAUGAUGAACUAAAAUAUUUCAAAUCUAUUCGACCAGGAAAAAUCGCUGGAACACCAUUAGUAAACGAUAUAAAAGCCUUGAAGUACUCAAAUGAUGGAGUUUUGUUUAAACUUCGUCAUUCAGAAAAAGAUUGGCAAGCUCUUCCAACAAGGUUGAACAUAAAAUCUAUUAAGGCAACUAAUAUAGAUAACUUACCGAUACUACACAAAAAUAGGCUAAAAAUUAAAGCAGAAAAAUAUGGACACCUCCAACAGCUUAAGUUAAGCAUGGAAAGCGAUUAUCACGAUUUCUAUAAUAAUCUACCUCAUGAUUAAUCUUUUUUAAAUUAAGUUCU